AUGACAACUUUUGAUUUUUCCGACGUGGAGGCAUUUUUGGAUUGCCAUCCGGAGCUUUUCGAGGAAUAUCUCGUCAGGAAGGGAAAAUGUGACACCCUGAGCAGGUGGCUCAAAGAGCAUCAGCCGUCCAAAACCUCUCCUGCGGAGGAGAAACGCGGGGUCGUAAAGGAUCCCAUCUGGCCCACGAACCCCGACGGACUGAGGCGCAGAUCGUCCCACAUGGAGCUCCGCAGGAACUUCGCCCGCUCCAAAGCGACGACUGCGCACCGGACCUACGACGAGCACGUCAGUCUCACGGCUCACGAGUCCCAGUCGAGUAUGCGACGGCGCGCGCUGCUGCGGAAAGCCAGUUCGUUACCGCCGACUACGGCGCACAUCUUGAGCGCGCUGCUCGAGUCCCGGGUGAACGUGCCUCAGUAUGCCUCCAGCGCCAUUGACUACAAAUACAGACUCAAAGAGUCCAACGAGAGGGAGUUCUUCCUCGAGCUGGUUAAGGACAUUUCUAACGAACUUGACAUGACGAACCUCAGCUACAAGAUUCUUAUCAAUGUGUGCAUCAUGGUGAACGCAGACAGGUGUUCGCUUUUCCUAGUGGAGGGACCGUCUCAUAAGAGGACGCUGGUGUCCAAGUUUUUUGAUGUGCACUCGGGUACGACGGUGCGACCCUCUUCUAGUACUCUGGACUCAAACGAGGUGCAGGUUCCGUGGGGAAAAGGCAUCAUAGGUUAUGUAGCAGAACACGGAGAAACCGUCAACAUCCCGAACGCAUACGAGGACCAUCGGUUCAGUGAUGAAAUCGACAAGCUGACGGGCUAUAAGACUCAGUCCAUUCUGUGCAUGGCCAUCCGCAACAGUGAUGGUGAAGUCAUCGGUGUAGUGCAGGCCAUCAACAAGAACCCCAGCGGAACUCCAUUCACCGAGGACGAUGAGAAGGUGCUUCAAAUGUAUCUACCAUUCUGUGGAAUAUCAAUCUCCAAUGCCAAACUCUUCUCCGAAUCCCGCAAGGAGUAUGAGAGGAGCAGGGCCCUGCUGGAGGUGGUGAAUGAUCUGUUUGAGGAGCAGACGGACCUGGAGAAGAUAGUCAGAAAGAUCAUGCAGCGUGCGCUGACAUUGCUGCAGUGUGAGCGCUGCUCGGUGCUUCUGCUAGAAGACAUCCACUCUCCUGCGGACCAGGCUUCUGGUUUUCAUAUCAGAUCAGUUUUAUGUGUCCCCAUCUGGAAUCGGACACAUCAGAUUAUUGGUGUUGCCCAGAUUCUGAAUCGCUUGGACAGGAAGACAUUUAAUGAUGCAGAUCAAAGGUUAUUUGAGGCAUUUGUUAUUUUCUGUGGUCUGGGCAUUAACAACACAAUGAUGUAUAACCAGGUUAAAAAGACUUGGGCCAAGCAGUCUGUGGCUCUAGAUAUGCUGUCUUAUCAUGCCACAUGCUCCAAGGCAGAGGUUGAUCGACUGAAGGCUGCUAAGAUUCCCCUAAGCAGUGAGCUCGGGAUCGAUGAGUUCCACUUUAAUGACUUUUCUCUGGACAACGACGCCAUGAUCACUGCCUCCCUGCGGAUGUUUUUGGAGCUCGGUGUCGUGCAGAAAUUCAAAAUUGAUUAUGAGGUGCUGUGCCACUGGCUGCUUACCGUGAGGAAGAACUACCGCACCGUAGCCUAUCACAACUGGAGGCAUGCCUUCAACGUCUCGCAGUGCAUGUUUGUUAUGAUCACCACUGCUGGGUUCCAGGAGGUGCUGACAGACACCGAGACUCUUGCGCUUAUGGUUGGGUGUUUCUGCCAUGACCUGGACCAUCGUGGCACGAACAACGCCUUUCAGGCAAAGUCUGGGUCAGCACUAGCGCUGCUGUACGGAACAUCUGCCACACUUGAGCAUCAUCAUUUCAACCACGCCGUCAUGAUCCUGCAGAGUGAGGGUCACAACAUUUUUGCUAAUCUGUCCUCCAACGAGUACAGCAACAUGAUGCAGCUACUGAAACAGGCCAUUCUGUCCACAGAUCUCACCUUGUACUUCAAAAGAAGAACCAAGUUCUUUGAGUGUGUUUUGUCGGGACAGUUCAGUUGGAGUAAUGAAGAACAUAAAGACGUGUUCAGGUCUAUGCUGAUGACUGCGUGUGACUUGGGUGCAGUGACUCGACCAUGGGAGAUCUCAAAACAGGUGGCUGAAUUGGUGACCAGUGAAUUCUUUGAACAAGGUGACAGGGAAAGAUCAGAGCUGAAGUUGACACCGGCUGCCAUUUUUGAUCGUAAUCGUAAAGAUGAGCUUCCAGUGCUUCAGUUAGAAUGGAUUGAUGGAAUUUGCAAGCCAUUAUAUGAGGCUCUUGUGAAGUUGAAUAGGAAGCUUCAGCCGAUGGUAGAUGGAAUUGAUGCCAACCGAAAGAAGUGGGAGGAGCUUUGUCGGUCCUAUCAGCAAACACGGAGAGCCUCUGAGUGCAUCUCCAGUCUGGAGGCUGGAGAGACAGAAUCGCCUCAGAGUUCAGACUCCACCCAUGAGCCAGAAUCAAGUCAGAGUGAGGUGACCAAUCAGAGUGAAGACUCCACCCACUGUGUAGAGCCAAAUCAAGCCAAGGUAGCCAAUUACAAAUAAGAGGCGUGAUGUGGCGAUUAAAGGACGGCCCACUGAGUCAGGGCUUCCCAAACUA